UUGUCUUAACAAACAAAAACAUUUAUCUGAAAAUAGGUAUGAGUACUGGACUGAAAACAGGUUAAAAAAUUUUAAAAAGCAGACAAUGUGCAUAGAAGAACGUUGAAAUACCUUCAAAAACCUGGAGAACUAUUGCUCAAGACCCCCACUAUAAAAUUAAGAGGGUCACUGGAAGCAAAGACUUGCAAAUUAGGAAUGAGUCAGCCCUGUCACGCGGUGUUCAGGUCACUUGAAUCGGGACUUUGGGACAGUGUGGCAGUGUUUGUUGAGAAAGCUUUUCCUAAAAAGGAAAUGUUACUCGCAUUCAGACUAAAGCUGCCUGAAUUUCCCCGAAAGAGAGUGGAAGAAUGACCUCCAAGGUCACAGUUAAAUGGUAAAUGGACUAAUUCUUAAAUAGUGCUUUUCUACUCUUCUGGAGCACUCAAAGCGAUUUAUACAACAUGUCUCAUUCACCCAUUCGCACCCAUUCAUACAAGCACUUUUCUCUAUUGUGAUAAUGGUGAUGAUAUGAACUGAAAUUUUGGUACAGAUGGUACAGCAAACUGUGCUCACAGACAGAUUUCUACAAGUACGCACAGAGAUUUCUCCAGAUUCUCUGAAUCUUUUGAUAAUAUUAUGUACUGUAGUCAAUUUUAUAGACACUGUUUUUUACAGAAAGGCAAACCUCUGCUCACCUUUACUUCUGAGAAACUCUGCCUCUCUAAGACGCUCUUUUCCUAGUCAGUCAUGUUACUGACCUGAUCCCAAGCAAUGUAAUACGUUUCUCCAGCUGUUUCUUUCCUGUCCUACUUGCUUUUCUAGCCUUUUGCUGCCCAACUUUUUGAGACAUAUUACUGCCAUCAAAGUCAAAAUGAGUCAGUAGUUUUUAUGACAUUAUAAAGGCAAUAAAAUAUGGAUUUCUUUGGAACUUUUUUGGAGUUGUCUCACACAUAUAAACAGAAGUUUUUUUUUCCCCAGCAGGCUUGUUGGUUGCAUGGAAAAGGCGGAAGAGCUUAAAUCAGUGAUGAAGUUCGAGAAGGAUGAGGUCCGGUCUGUCUACAUGUGCGUGCCUCCUCUAGUCUCUGGGGACAUAAGUACUUCAUCCUGGGACCAUAAUGUUUCUGUAGAUUCCCAGUAAAAUCAACCAUCUUAAUAAGACUGCAAUGACAAACAGUUUAGCAGUGAUCAGAACUGAACUCUCUUUUGUCCAGAGAAGGCCACACUUUUCCAGAAUGAUUAUUCUAUUUUGAUUUCAUGCUCUACAAAUAAGAACUUAACACAUCUAAUGGACAGUACUGAAAAACAGUCCAGUAUUUCUGUGUAUGGCUUUUAACUUAGUGUUGCACAAAAGGCUUUUAACCUUCUGAAAUCUAAGCAUUCUCUCUAUAUGAAUAUUUUUAUAACUUUAACACAGCACAGAAAAAUAGUUUCCUUGGUUUGAAACGAGGAUGAUUGACAUAUUGUUAAAGACCCCAAGGUCUCAGUCAAUCCUCUUCAGCUUUUGAUAUUGAAACCCAAUCUCAGGACAAAGAGCAGAACUGUGCUUUUAAUUCCUGGUACACCUAACAGCUGUGGGGAUGACCGCAUGGAUUGUAAUGUCAGAGGUAUAAGUAGCCUUAAAUGGGGCGAGCAGUGUGGUGUGACUCCUCCAAAUGACUGUGGUAUUAAUUCAUCUGUUCAGUGAUACAUGCUUGAUAGAUCACAUCGCGUAUUUCAUUUAAAACCCUAUAAAUAUGAAUUUCUCAUCAUUAUACUCGCACUUUAGGAAAGUUUAGUCUGUGCUUGACAUGGCAUUGUGUGUUAAUUCAGCGCCGUCACAAAGGGGUCGAAGUUAUGUGACCUGUAUUCAAGGUCAAAUAUCCGUGACGACAGGUUGCAUGCAGUGUGUAUCUGUGGCUUCGGCUGUCCGAAACGCUCCACUUGAAGAGAUAGGGCAGAGAGCUGUUGUCUGAGAAUGCAGGCAAUAUGUGUCAACACCAAAUUCAAAUCUGCCACGGAAGGAGACAAUUGAUAAGUGAACAAGCACCCGUGCUCGCAGGGGGAAAUAAAAAUACUAAGAUGAUGACAUGGAUUUAGUGUUCAUGUACUGCUCACCUAUACUGUGUAUCUUUUAGACACAACUGGAGAGCUGAUUAGUUUUUGAUCACGUAGUUUGAAAUCUGACUCCAGUUGUAUGUUACGCAUCUUGUUUCAUGUUUUAAGUUUUUCCAACAAUUUAUAGUCUUCUGAAUGACUUACCUGUCCAGACUUGUACCAUAAAGGGGCCUGAAUUAAAAUAAGUGUUAUCACCUUAUGAAAUUUUUCGUAUUAUUUCUCUUCAAAUCACAGUGUUAUAUAACUCAUUUAUCACUGAGAUGAGCUGAAAUACAAAACAUACAAACACUUUUCACACACAAAAACAGAGAUGAAGCGCAGGGCGUGGAGCGUAUUAAUAUGAGUUGUUAACACUGCUUGGUUACAAAAAAUUAUGGUAGUUACUAUGUUACAAUUGUGUAACAUUAACUGAUGAUGCAGUAAAAAGGUAAUAAUAUGGCCAUGUAUCCAAAUGCCUAACCCACCAUAACAUAGUCUUUUAUCUGUUUAGCGUGAAUUGCAUUAUCAUGACACCAAACUCUUUGUUUCGCUUCCAUCUGUUGAUCAUCCCUCAGUAUAAACCAUUUUCUAAUGUGUGACACUAAUUUGACCCUAUUUAUGGGUCAGCGUGACUCAUGAGGCAAGGAGCUCCAGCAGGCAGGGCGUCCUUUCUCUUCUAAAGGUUUAACUCAGGAUAUCUUUUAAGCUGAGUGAUCCAUCGCAGAGCUCGGCCCCCUUCUAUCUUUAGUGAACCAUAGCCUGUCAAUGGAGAGCCUAACUUUAUCUGGCUCACUGUCAUCGAAGCUGCUGGUAUUUUUAGGGGGUGGCUUGCAGUGGCAGCAGCUGCAAAAGCAUUUACUGCCCCCCACCACCAAUUCCAGCUAGCUCUCUCUCACACCACACUCUUUAGCUAUUGGACAAUGACAGUAUCAGAGCUGACGCAUAAACCAGGCACUCAGCUGAAAGGCUGUGGUCAUUUUACUCCUUGCCACCUGCAACCCAACACCAGACUGAGGGGACACAACUAAGAUAUUACUAUGACUCUGGACCACCAAAUGUGAAUGGAAGAUACCAUUUUUCUCAGCUGCUUUGGUGUUCAGUGACCAGCAGGCGCUCCAAACAAGACAAACCAGGAAAACAAGGAACAUGAGCUGAAGACUCUAAACGUGCUUCUUGAAUGCUCACAGAAUAAAGAAAGCACCAAAGAUCAUCCAAGUGAACUGAUGCCAGCUUGUAUUUUUAAGAAUAACAUUUUAAGGCAUCACAAGAGAGACAAAUGCUUUAAAGACAGCAUCUCUUAAAGCGCUCUUCACAAAACAUAAGAAGAUCAUUUUGAAAAGAAACUUCUUCAUUCGACCCAAAUAAAAGGUGACAUCACCAUGGAUAUUUUUGGUGGCGCACCUCGUGUUUUAGGCUAUCCACGUCCUGUAGUGGCCCAGUGUGGAACAGAUGCAACACUGAAGUGCCAAGUCGGUGGAGACCCACGCCCAGAUGUGAUCUGGGAACGCAAAAAUGUCCAGAUCCUGUCUGAAGGACGCUACAAGAUCUCAGAGGAGGGAAAGGUUUACUUGCUGACCAUUACCAGAGUGACCCAGCAGGAUGCUGGCCAGUACAUCUGCAAGGCUAGAAAUAGCAUAGGAGAAACCUAUGCAGCAGCGUCCCUUAAAGUUGAAGGAGAGGCCCAGCAACAAGAUGAGGACGCAAGACAGUUAGUGGUCAAUGGUGGGACGCAACCUAUGCAAGAAAACGGAGAAUUUGUGGGACACCUAAAUGGCUACAAUGCAGUGCAAAAUGGUGAACACUGCAAGGCAAAUGGAGGGGAACUGAAUGGAGGAUGGAACAGCGGGCUAAGCGAAAAACAAGCAGAGGUUGAUCUAACAUCUGAUGACAGACCGCGAUUCCUCAUCAAGCCCCUGUCUCUGCGUGUGGAUCGGGGCGAAGACGCAGCCUUCUCCUGUAAAAUCUGGGGGACCCCUCUGCCAGAGGUGAUUUGGGAAAAGGAUGGGAAGAAACUCAAUGACAUCUUUGAGAGUUCUCACUUCAGCAUGAGGAAUGAAGAUGGUGGCUGGUUCCAACUCAAGAUAUAUCGGACGCGUAUGCCCGACAAAGGCGUCUACACCUGCAAGGCCGUCAACUGCCAUGGUGAGGCCCUGGCUGGGGCCGUCCUUCUUGUCGAACCUGUACCAGAGCGAGGGGACAGCAAAACAUCCUCGACCGGUCACACUAACAGCCAGUGGUCACCAAAGCACAGGGGUGGGAGGCCCGGUUUGUCAAGGAUCACAGCAGAGCCACCUGUCGAUGGGUCAAAAGUAAAGAAAUUUGCAGUAGCGGAGGGGAAACACGCCAAGUUUCGCUGCUUUGUAACAGGGAAGCCAAAACCUGAGAUCAUCUGGAAGAAAGACGGAGUUCCCCUAGAGCCCGACAGACGUCAUCUGAUAUUUGAGGACAGAGAGGGCUACUACACCCUGAAGGUGCUGUACUGUAAAGUGCAGGACACAGGGUUGUAUGUGUGUGCAGCAUCAAAUGCGCUGGGAAACACCCUAAGUGCCGUUCACCUGUCUGUCAAAGGCCCUGCCGUGCGGUUCAGGCGCCCGUUAAAAGACGUGGAGGUGAAAGAGCGGGACGUUGCCGUGCUUGAGUGUGAGGUACCUGAUGAGUCACUCCCAGCUGCCUGGUACCUGGAAGACCAGAGGCUGAUGCCCAGCAGUAAAUAUGGGAUGGAGCAGAAAGGAACCAAACGAAGACUCACUAUUCACGAUGUGGGAACAGACGAUGAUGGAGUCUACCUGUGUGAGAUGCCUGAUGGAGCAAAGAGCAUUGCUGAGCUCUCAGUUAAAGGUACUAUUGUUCGUAAGCUUCCACGAAAACUGGAGGUCCUAGAGGGUGAGAACGCAGCCUUCUGCGUGGAGGUGGAGAACGACGACAUGGAGGUCCACUGGUUCAAAGACGGGUUGAAGCUACAUGAAACACACCAAACAAUCCUCAAGUCUUUUGGCAAAACUCACAUUCUGGUCUUUGUCAACGUGGCCUAUCACGACUCGGGAGUUGUGACAUUUGUCGCAGGACGAUCCAAGACUUCAUCACGCCUCAAGGUCAAAGCCACACGACACUGCCCACCUAUCUGUCCGGUGGGAGUCAAAAUGGAUGUAGACAGACCCAACAGUGCGCUGCUUACCUGGGAUCCCGCCCCCAGUAGUCAGACCUCCACCCGCUCUGUGUUUGUGCUGGAGAUGCAAGAAGUGGGUUCUCAGGAAUGGCAGAAGUGUUUCACCUCAGAGACCGCCACCUCAGCUGAGGUCACCGGUGACAUUGUACCAUGCGAGGGCAACUACCGUUUCAGAGUUUGCUGCAUUAACAAAUAUGGACGAAGCGGCCAUGUGGAGUUUCCCAACGUUGUCCAUCUGGUUCCUGGGCCCAAGAUCCUCAGCCGCCUCCAAAGCUGUGAGGUUGUAGAAGGACAAGAUGCUCGCUUCUCCAUUGAAUUGUCUGCCCCAAUGGUUGGAACCUGGUUUCUCAAUAGUGCUCAACUGCAGCACGGCGGACGAUAUUCAAUACAACACAAUCAAACAAAGCACUCAGUGGUGAUCCAUGAAAGUCGCAUGACAGAGGAUGAAGCAGAGGUCACCUUCAUAGCUAACGGAGUCAGGGAUUCCGCUGUGCUCAACGUUAAACCUGCUGUGAUGAAAUUCAGUCCUCUGUCAGAGUUAGACAGCAAGAAAAAGGUGGACAUAGGGGAUGCCAUUGUACUCUACUGUGAAGUCUCCCACCCGUUUGCAAAAGUAUCCUGGUUCAAAGAUGGCAAGGAGCUUCAGGUCUCAGAUGGUCUAAACAUCCAGGCCGAUGGGAAUAUGAGGAGGAUCGUGAUCCAGUCAGCUGAGGAAUCUCACUCUGGAGUUUACACAUGUGAAACUUCAGGGGAUGUCAUCACAUUCAAUGUGGAUGUUGCAGGUCCUCCGGUGGAGUUCAGUCCGGUCGCUGAGGAUGAACUUCAUAAGAGCAGCAUGGAGUUGGACCCUGUGGUGCUGGUCUGCCAUGUCUCCAGAGAUGAUGCUGAAGUUGUGUGGUAUAAAGACGGCUGUGAGAUCAAGCCCAGUGACAACAUAACUCUGCAGGCAGAAGGAACCAUGAGGAGGUUAAUUAUCCGCUCUGCAGAAACCUCGGAUGCUGGAAGUUAUACUUGCCAGGCAGGAAGCAGCAGCAUGGAAUUCACAGUCAAUGUCCGAGAGCCUCCAGUGAUGAUAGUGGAACCUAAAGACGAUGUGGUGAUGGAGAGCUACAUCUCAGAGGAGAUCCACCUGCAGUGCGAGCUGUCUCGCUCCAGGGGGAAGGUGCGAUGGUUCAAGGAUGGCCUGCAGGUGGCAGAGAGUGAAAACAUCCAGCUGAUAUCAGAAGGCCCUUACAGGAGGCUGACAAUUCUCUGCAGCUCAGAGGAGGAUGCUGGAGAGUAUGUCUGUGAAACAGAUGGAGACUCCGUCUUCUUCCAACUUGGUGUUAAAGAUCCACCAGUAAGAAUCAUUUAUCCCAGUGAAUCAGAGCUGGAACUGACUCACUUGGCAUCAGAGAGGCUGGAGCUCAGCUGUGAGAUCUCAAAGGCGGAUGCUCCUGUGCGCUGGUUCAAAGACGGUCUAGAAGUAGAGGCAGGGCACAACUUGAUCCUGGAGGUGGACGGGGCCCAACGGAGGCUCAUUAUACCCAUAACCACUGUGCAUGACAUGGGGGAAUAUGUAUGUGACACAGAAGAUGACUCUUUGGCCUUCCUAGUAACUAUUACAGAGCCACCAGUAACGCUAACUUGCGCCAAAGACACAGCUGACAAACUGGAGAGUCUUGCUGGCAAACCAGUGAUUCUAGAGAUCGAGGUGUCCCGACCAAAUGCAGAAGUCAAGUGGCUGAUAAAUGGUGAAGAAAUUCAGCAAAGCAGCAAUGUCACCAUCACAGAAGAUGGGCUUAUUCGUCGUUUGACAAUUCACGCUCCCAUUCCUGAGGAUUCUGGCAAAUACACUUGUGACGCUAUGGAUGAUAAAAUUGAUUUCCAAGUUAAAGUUUCAGAGCCACCAGUGAAGAUUUUAAGAAAGUCAGAGAUCAAGAACAACCAAAAGUUCCUGAUUUCUGAUGACAUUGUGCUGGAGUGUGAGCUCUCCAGAGCCAAUGCUGCCGCCAAAUGGUACAAGGAUGGCUGUCGUGUUCAGGGUGAUGAAAGGUUCUGUGAAGAGGAAGAAGGUCCUUUCCGCUCGCUCGUCAUCCUUAAUGCUGAACUCGAAGAUUCAGGAGAAUACUUCUUGGAUGUCAGAGAUGACAGUAUCAGCUUCCAAGUUACAGUAGAAGAGCCUCCAGUGACCAUUGUUGGAAACUCAAAUGACCUUGAAUACCAGGAGAUGAUGGCAGGCGAUGACCUGAUCCUGGCCUGUGAGGUAUCUCGUGCUAAUGCCCCUGUCCAGUGGUAUUGUAAUGACAGGCUUCUCACCAGUGAUGACCGGACCUAUAUUGAAAGCUAUGGGACACUGAGGAAAAUCAUCAUUUCCUGUGUUCAGCCUUCCGAUUCUGGAAAGUAUGUGUGUGACGCUGUGGAUGACAAGAUGGUCAGCGUUAUACGCAUUCAAGAGACUCCAGUUACAUUUGUGAACAAGGAGGAUGACAUUGUUGUGACGGGUUACGAAGCAGAGAGCGUGACCUUGACAAGCUAUGUUUCCAAGGAAAGCGUUCUAGUGCGCUGGAUGAAAGACUGGACGACCGUUGAAGGUGAUCGUUACCGAGCACUCAUGGAGGGCCAUAAACGCACUCUUACCAUCGAGCCUUUGAGGCGCUCUGAUGCUGGCGAGUACACCUGUGACAUCAACACAGACCAGAUGCACUUCAGCCUGCUGGUUAAAGAAAUGAGAAUUAAGUUCACAAAGCCGCUUAGAGACACUGUGGCCCACGCUGAUGGUAUGGUGACCCUUCGGUGUGAGGUGUGCAAGCCAAAAGCGGACGUCCAGUGGUUAAGGAAUGGAGUAGAAGUGGUCCCAAACAGGAGAUUCUCCAUUAGGGCAGAUGGAGUCGAAAGAAGCUUGACCAUUCAUCGUCUAUCUCGAGAGGAUGCCGGCGAGUAUACCUGUGAGUCCAGAGAUGACCGGACUGUUGCAAAACUGAGGGUAGAAAUGCCCCGAGUCAUUGAGUUCCUCACUGAACUCCACAACACUACUGUGCUGGAAGGAGAAGAUGCCACCUUUAAGUGUGUGGUUUCCCCAGAGGAUGUCCAGCUGGUCUGGCUCAUGGACAAUGAGCCUAUCACUCUGGGUGAUCGUUUCCAGGCAACCCACAAUGGCCUGUGCCACACCUUGGUGAUUAAAAAGUGCCAGAUGCUGGACUGCUCAAAAAUUACAGCAGAAGCUGAAGGACAAAUGAGCAAAGCCAGUCUGAAAGUUCAGGAGGCUCAGGUUAUGUUUACUAAGAAAAUGGGAGCUGUUAUGGCAGAGGAGUUUGGUGAUGCCACCUUGGAGACAGAGAUUAGCCUGGAGGCCGGUGAGGUCCAGUGGAUGAGGCAGGGGGUGGUUAUCCAGUCUGGUCCCCGACACACGCUGGCCCAGAACGGCUGCAAACGCAGUCUCACCAUCCACAACCUGACUCUGUCGGACAGGGGGACUUACCGGUGCGAGACUCUGCAUGACCGGACACAGGUCAAACUCAAUGUAGAACCCCGUAAAAUCGCCAUCCGCAAAGGUCUGACUGACCAAGAAACCUUUGAACGAGAGACUGCCUCCUUUGUGGUGGAGCUGUCGCACACAGAUGUGGAGGGCAGCUGGCAAAAGGACGGCAUUCGGGUCAAGCCAAACAACCAGUGUAGGGUGAGCACCAACGGACGAGUUCACGGCCUCACCUUGUCCAACCUUACUCUGGAGGACACGGGCACCAUCGUCUUCUCAGCUGAAGGAGUGCGCACCACAGCGAGGCUCACAGUCAAAGAAACACCAGUGUCCAUCUUGAAACCACUGGCCGAUGCCCGUGUGGAGGAGGAACUUCCUGUCACCCUGGAGUGUGAAUUCUCCCGACAAAAUGUUGAAGUCAGAUGGUUUAAGGACGGGUUGGAGCUGAAGCCGGGGAAAAACUGUCGGAUCUACUCAAUGGGUCGUAAGAGGUUCUGUCAAAUCCUGCAGUGCUCCCGGGCAGAUUCUGGCACCUACACAUGCGACACAGGGGAAAUCAAAACGUCCUGUUCGCUGGAGGUUUAUGAGCAUGAGCUGGAGAUAGUGCAGGAUUUGGAGGAUCUUUACAUCCAGGAGGACCAGAAUGCCGUCUUCAUGUGUGAGGUUUCUCUGGAGGACGUGACGGGGGAGUGGUACAAAGACGGCCACAGGAUCCGACCAACCAGCUCCAUCAAGAUCCGCACUGAAGGGACCAAACACUUCCUGCUGAUGUGUAACGUUAAAGCUGAAGAUGCUGGAGAAAUCCGCUUUGUAGCCAGAGAUGUUGAAUCUACUGCCUACCUUGAAGUAGAGGAACUUCCAGUUUCUAUUGUAAAGCCCCUGCGAGACAGAACAGCUCUGGAGAAACAUCGUGUGAUCCUUGAAUGCACCGUUUCCUCGCCUCACUGCAGUGCUACCUGGUACAAAGGCAGGGAAGAACUGGUUUCCUCAGACCGACUGGAAAUCCUGGCUGAUGGCUGCUCCCACAAACUAGUGAUUCAGCAGGUGUCUGUGGAGGAUGAGGGCACCUACAGCAUUGAGGUCGGGGAGCACACCUCCAAAGCCAAACUAAUGGUGGAAGCCCAGGCUCUGGUGAUGGUGAAAGAGCUAGAGGACGUGGAAGUGAUGGAGGGAGAGCCGGCGACUUUCCAGUGUGAGUUAUCAGUUGCCAUAAAUAAGCCUCCGGUUUGGACUUUGAAUGGAGAGAACCUUAAGCCGGGGCCCUCUGUCCGCCUGGAAAACCACGGGACAGUCCACAAACUCAUCCUGAAGAGCACCAACGUGGACAUGAGCGGCACGGUGAAGUUUACCAUGGGAAAGGCGAAGAGCAGCGCCACGCUCAGCGUGACAGAAUGAUUGAAACGUAGAAGCAUGAUUGUGGAAACAAAGUGACUCCUGAGAGAAUGAAGUGAAAAAAAAAAAAACCUGUGGAAAUUGCCACUAAAACUUUGUCUUUAUUUAUCCUCAAAUUAGACUAAACUUUUUUUUUUUUACAUUGUAGAUUAUAUUUAUUUGUUUACUUCACAGUAACUUCUUAUAUUUCAAUAAAAAGCUCCCAAAUAAUCCAUGGAACCAUUUGUUGGAUUUUAAAGCCUUCUCAUAACUUCAGAGAAGCUAAAUAAUGUGUGGAGAUUAUUUUUGGUGGAAAAUAUUUUUAGUGGAUUUUAUAAACUCUUGGAACCACCAGAAUGAAAAUUCUUUUAACAGAAAAUGGGAAGAAAUAUUUUACUUGGUCAGAACACAGUUCUAAUUUUAAACAAAGAUGGCAACCACUGGCUAUGUGGAUGUUUUUUUUUUUUUGUUUUUUUUUUAAAUAAAUGUUGAGCUCUGUUUAUCAAGGCCAGCAUUAAAUUGCAGCCCUGCACAGCCUUUUCUCAGUUUUCCUUCCUUAAAAAUGACUUCUUGACAUCUACCCUUCCACUGAGAUUAUUUCUGAUGAGGCUUCAGGGAACAGUAGAUGAUCAGCUGAAGGUUCAGAUGCAUCCCUCAGGUCCUGUGUCAGGUCUUUGUUGCCCCCCUCCCCCCGUCUGUUGUUGAUAGCGUUUUAGGCUUGACACUUCUUUGAUGAGAUACACAGAAGCUUGCAUCCACAAUGUGAAAAAACAAACAUUGUUUUCCCAUCCCCAAGUCUGCUAGUAACAGAGUGCCAAAAGACACUAUUUAAAAUGAGUUCUUUGCCAAGCUGACACAACACUGGUUCAUCCCUUGCAUUAGGUGCCUUUUCCAAUACUUGAUUGAUUCAUAAAUCAGAUUUCAGUUGCUUAACAAGCCAAAAAACAACAACAAAACAACACACCUGCCAAAAUCUGGCUUCUUGGAAGGAAAAUAAAGAAAUGAGGCAACAGGUUGAGACUUUAACACAGGAGGAACAUUUAGGAUUUAGUAACAGCUAAAAAUUAACAAGAAUAGUGGUGACGUGGCUCAUUGUAGUUAAAUCUGGCACGUAAUUGACAAAAAACAAGUUAUUUCUGUACAAACACAUUAAUAUGGCUUGAAAAUAUUAACUUGAAAAUGUACAGCUUGUGGGGUUUUUGGUUUGUUUUUUUAAAAACAGAAAAUAGAACAGCACCUUAGACCAUGUUUCCUUAAGCAUUUAUGGGAGGGAGGGGGAGGGGGGGUGGCAUUAUUACAUACAGUCCAUACAGAAUUUGGUAUGAUAAAACAAAGGUCAAAAAAAAAAAAAAAAAAAAAAAAAUUAGGU